CAUGAUUUUCUUUGAUUUUUUUUUCAUAGAGUCGAAUUUUUUUAUGCCUAUUGGGAAUAUAUUUUACCGUUAUAUGUCUACAAUUCCAAAGGAGAACAUGUCGGAAAAUGUUGAGUGGAGGACAUGGAAUGUUGAAAAUUGAGUUUGACGUCCUCUCCUGAAGUUGUGAAUUGACCUUGUUUUGCAGUUGCAACUUCAUAGAUUGCUUGUUACCGGAGAAAACAUUUAUGCACAUAAAUUUCAGACUCUCUCUUUUAGUAGAUAUGGAUUGUAGACUGCAUCUGGUUUUGAUCUUCUCCUGUGUUUAUCUGAUUUGCUUGUCAGGUCAACAAGAAAACGGGUUUGUAUACAAUGGCUUCGAUCAAGCUGAUCUUUUUAUUGAUGGGCUCGCCAAGAUCCUUCCUGGUGGACUUUUGCAGUUGACAAAUGCUACGGAGUUGAAAAUGGGUCAUGCUUUUUUCAAGCAGCCAUUUGGUUUUGAUCCAUCUUCAUCACUCUCAUUCUAUACACAUUUUGUGUGCGCGCUGGUGCCUCCUAAGUUCGGAGCUGAGCUAGGCCACGGUAUGGCCUUUGUUGUAUCUCCUUCCAUGAAUUUCUCUUAUGCGUUACCAACUCAGUACUUGGGCGUCUUCAACAGCUCAACAAAUGUGACUUCCCCUUCUCAUCUGCUAGCUAUUGAGCUUGAUACUGUUCAGACAGUAGAGUUUCAUGAUCCAGAAAAGGCUCAUGUUGGGAUUGAUGUGAACAACCCGAUAUCUGUUGAGUCUGCUCUCCCGUCUUACUUUUCUGACGCCUUGGGGAAGAAUAUAAGCAUAGAUCUUCUGACUGGAGAGCCUGUUCAGGUGUGGGUGGAUUAUGAUGGAUCGUUGCUAAAUGUUACACUAGCCCCUAUAGAAAUCCAGAAACCAAACCGGCCUCUUAUAUCAAGAGCCAUCAAUCUGUCAGAAAUUUUUCAAGAUAAGAUGUAUGUUGGGUUCUCUGGAUCGAAUGGGAGAUUGACCAGUAACCAGUUUAUACUUGGGUGGAGUUUUAGUAAAAGCAAAGAAUUUAUGCAGUCUCUGGACCUCUCUAAACUCCCCAAGGCUCCUAUUCCUAGAAAUGAACAGGCCCCCGUUCCUAGAGAGGAAAAAAAUAAAUUACUUCCACUUCUUAUUGGUUUGGUCAUCUUAUUGCUGAUCCUUGUGCUGAUGGUUCUCGGAGGAGUUUACUGGUACAGAAGAAAGAAGUAUGCAGAAGUAAGAGAAUCGUGGGAAAAGGAAUACGGUCCACACCGAUAUUCCUACAAGUCUCUGUACAAAGCAACAAAUGGGUUUGUCAAAGAUGCUCUUGUUGGGAAAGGUGGGUUUGGAAAAGUUUACAAAGGAACUCUGCCUUCAGGCAAGCAUAUAGCUGUGAAAAGACUAUCCCAUGAUGCAGAGCAAGGGAUGAAACAGUUUGUGGCAGAAGUCGUAAUGAUGGGAAAUUUACAACAUCGCAACUUGGUUCCUCUUCUUGGGUAUUGUAGAAGAAAAGGUGAGUUGCUACUGGUCUCUGAGUACAUGCCCAACGGUAGUCUUGACCAGUACUUGUUUUGUAACCAAAACCCAUCUCUUUCAUGGUUGCAAAGAAUUUCUAUUCUUAAGGACAUCGCCUCGGCUCUCAAUUACCUGCAUACAGGAGCCAAUCCAGCUGUUUUGCACCGGGAUAUAAAAGCUUCUAAUGUCAUGUUAGAUUCUGAGUAUAAUGGAAGAUUAGGAGAUUUUGGUAUGGCCAAGUUUCAGGACCCCCAAGCCAACCUAUCUGCAACAGCUGCUGUGGGAACCAUAGGUUACAUGGCACCUGAGCUAAUAAGAACUGGAACUUCUAAAGAAACUGAUGUGUAUGCCUUUGGUGUUUUCCUUCUUGAAGUAACUUGUGGAAGGCGACCUUUUGAACCAGAGUUGCCAGUGCAAAAGAAAUAUCUGGUCAAGUGGGUUUGCGAAUGCUGGAAACAUGCUUCUUUACUCAAGACCAGAGAUCCAAAAUUGGGAAGAGAAUUCGUAUCCGAAGAAGUCGAAAUGGUUUUGAAACUUGGGUUGCUCUGCACAAAUGAUGUUCCAGAAUCAAGGCCUGACAUGGGACAAGUGAUGCAAUACCUAAGCCGGAAACAACCCUUACCGGAUUUCUCACCAGAUUCUCCAGGUAUUGGGGGUUUUAUGCCGGUUUCAGUGGAAGCAUCAUCUACCAUUGGUAUCCCAGAUUCAUCAAUGCAUGUUAGUCACUCAAUCUUGGAAGGGUAUGGAAGAUGAGAUUUAAGAAACUGGGUAUUCUCUGCACCUAAAUCUCUAUAGCUACCCAAAUAUUUUAUUUUUAAAGAAUUAACUAUGUUGCUGGUUGGGUUUUUUAAGUGAUCUUGUCUUCUGUAUAGUUUUUAAGUGAGAAAGGUAUAAAUUCCUUGAUGUU